AUGAAUAUUGAAAUCUAUAGCACUUGUAACAUUGUUUCUUUUUUGAUAUCAGAGAAUGCUAUUAAAGAAGGCUUUUCAGAAGCCAUAAAAGAUUUGAUUGCGAAAGUGAAUUCACAGUCUUUCGUCUUAUUUGGUUGGGAGAGUACUCUAUAUAUGUGGCCGAAAUCCCGUGCCAGCACUCUGCCUACAGAACUUCAAGAGACCAGCACCUGCAAAAGUGCCUUAAAACUUGUGCCCAUUGAAGUCAAUGACUACCUUAAAAAGAUUCCUGCAAGGAAAUCUGUAAAGAUCAAACCUUUGAAAGUUGUGAACCUAGAGCUUUUGUUUGAGUUGACGAGGCCUGAUGUCGUUGAAACUGUAACUAUACAGAACAACAACAGUGCACGAAUCCACUUCAGGCUGGUUCUCCCCAUUGAUGUGGUAGUAUUUGCUAAUCCAGAGGACCAAUGGGGACAGCUGCAGGAUCAAUUUGUGAAAGCAGUUUCUACACAGCUAUAUGAGAUGGACCAGUGCAUUCAGAGAUAUACAAAAAGAAAGUCUGUCCCAAUUCCGCAAGCAUUCCACUUUGAAUUGCCAGAGUCAACUACUCUUACUACAGUAAUAUACCCUGCUGGAUACAGUGAAAAGGAUCUGGAACCACAACGAAAAGAGCUACAUCACAAACUCGGUCUAGAAGAUAAACCCUAUUUGCGCCGUUCCAUGGCUUAUAGUUUUCCAAAUGAUGAUUUAUUGAAUAUGUAUCUGAGGACAAUACACAAAUAUAUCCCACCACCAAGCUCUGAAGAUUUUCAGGUUUUUGUCGUGCACGGAUCAUACACCUAUCAUCACUACUUGCAGGAUGGCAUAAAUGAUGGUGGAUGGGGUUGUGCAUACCGUACUUUACAAACCAUUUUAUCCUGGUACAACUAUCAGGGGUACAUCAAUGUACCUAUACCAACACAUGAGAAGAUCCAACAGAUGUUGGUAACUGCUGGAGAUAAAGGCCCCGGUAUUGUGGGAUCAACAGAUUGGAUUGGGUCUUUUGAAAUUCGGUCAGUAUUAAAUUCUUUUGGGAUUACAUCAAAGAUCAUGAACAUUCGGUCAGGCUCUGAGAUAGCUUUGGCAGCAAGGGAACUUGCAGAACAUUUCGAGGUGCAAGGUACUCCAGUUAUGGUUGGUGGUGAACCUCUAGCCCAUACUCUUCUGGGAGUGGCAUGGAAUGAAGAAACAGGAGCAGUAAGAUACCUUGUCUUGGAUGCACACUAUACAGGAGAGGAUGACUGGGCCAGCGUAAUUGAUAAAGCUAUUGACUGGAAAGAUGAUGAUUUCUGGGAUCAACUGGAACCUUACAACCUAUGCCUGCCACAGAGACCAUGGGGUGUUUGAAGCCACCAGUACUUGAAUACAUAUUUUUAUAAUGUUGUGCCUGGAAAGGAACGGAACGGAAUUUUCAGAUGAUCAGAACGCUUAUAAAUCUUUGUUUUUCAAAUCAAACAAGAAUUUGAUUGUUGCCAUAUGUACUUUAUGUCGUACAGCAAUAAAAACAGGAGCUAAAUGUAUCUUUACUACGUUUUAAUUUUAAAAACUCCAUAUAUAGGAUGAUCAAACUGUAAAUAUACUCUUUAACACUUAAGAUUGUUACAAAAGAUAUGAAAUCAGUACCUCUCUUCUUAACCCAUUUGAUUGGUCAUAACAAAGAUUUUUAUUUCUUGUAAAUGUGGUACUAGUCAAAAUUAAGUAGACAAUUACAAGGUUUCCUUGAGUGAAAGAAAGACAAAUAUUAUUACUAUCCUGAGAAGAAAAUAUGACAUCAAACAUGGGUAUAAAGUUUUAAAAAAAUGUCUAGCAUAAAACAGAAUAAAAAUAAUAUGCAGUUGAAGCUUUUUAGUUGAUGUUUUGUAUCCUCAGCAGUACUGAAACUUGUAGAAUCUUUGUGUUAUUGUCAAAUGGGUAUUUCUAUAAUUUGUUUCAUUGCUAGUGCUGGCUUUUGAGAUGAUGAGAAGGAAACCGGAAGUAAAAGAAUCUUCUAGUC